UUCUUAAACACAUUUCAGAACUUCAAGUUUCCUGUAGACUUCUUAAUGCCCUAAAUCGUCAUUUUCGCCUGCGGCGUCUUUUGAACGCCAAAACUCGCUCUGUUUCUCUCCCUUCUCUAGUCGGGAAUUCUCGACUAUUCGAGCAGCAACAAUGUCUGCUUUCGCGAGCACCAGUUCUGGUAAUCCAAAUCCAAACAAGUCGUUUGAGGUGUCUCAACCUCCUAACGACUCUGUUUCAAGCCUCAGCUUCAGUCCUAAGUCCAAUAUUCUCGUCGCCACUUCUUGGGAUAACCAGGUGCGGUGCUGGGAGAUAGUGCACAGUGGAUUAAAUGUUGGUAGCGUGCCCAAAGCAUCAGUUUCGCAUGACCAGCCUGUCUUGUGCUCGACUUGGAAGGAUGAUGGAACAACUGUCUUUUCUGGUGGGUGCGACAAGCAAGUUAAGAUGUGGCCUUUGCUAUCUGGUGGCCAGCCAAUGACAAUUGGUAUGCAUGAUGCACCAGUCAAAGAAAUUGCUUGGAUCCCUGAGAUGAACCUCUUGGUCUCCGGAAGCUGGGACAAGACUUUGAAGUACUGGGACACAAGGCAGCCAAACCCUGUGCACACACAACUACUCCCAGAGCGAUGCUAUGCACUAACAGUCAGAUAUCCACUAAUGGUUGCUGGUACAGCUGAUAGAAAUGUGGUUGUUUUCAACUUACAGAACCCUCAGACUGAGUUCAAGAGAAUCAUUUCACCUCUCAAGUAUCAGACGAGAUGUGUUGCUGCCUUUCCUGAUCAACAAGGUUUCUUGGUUGGUUCAAUAGAAGGAAGGGUUGGAGUACAUCAUUUGGAUGAUGCGCAACAAACUAAGAACUUCACCUUCAAGUGCCAUAGAGAGGGCAAUGAGAUAUACUCAGUGAACUCCUUGAACUUCCAUCCUAUUCAUCACACAUUCGCAACUGCCGGAUCUGAUGGUGCAUUUAAUUUUUGGGACAAGGACAGUAAACAGAGACUAAAGGCAACGUCCAGGUGCAAUCAACCUAUCCCUUGCAGUACUUUUAACAAUGAUGGCUCAAUAUUCGCAUACUCGGUGUGUUAUGACUGGAGUAAAGGUGCUGAAAAUCAUAAUCCUGCAACGUCAAAGACCUACAUUUUUCUGCACUUCCCACAGGAGUCCGAGGUCAAAGGGAAACCGCGAACCGGAGCUACAGGUAGAAAAUGAAGAUAUUGCUGCACAACCAUGUAAAGCCCGAAGCAAAACAUGGAAUUUUGGCUCAUUUUUCCAAAGCGGAUGUCAUCCUCUAUUUCAAACGGCGAUGGCCACUCAGAUGCGGAUGUCAAUUGUCUAUAUAAUGUAUAGAUUGUACAGUUCUGUGUUGAAAUGCUCUUCUAGUUGACA